AUGACAACAACCGUCUCCUCCUCUUCUCCCUUGCCAAAUCCCGAUUCUACCCCUGCCUCAGAUUCCGACUCUUCUCACAACCGCGAUCGUGGAGACGACACGGAAUGCAACAUCCUAGCCCUCGUAGGCGGAGGCCCCGAUCCACAGUAUCCUCCCAACAAGGUGAUGAUUUGGGACGAUCACCAGAGCAGAUGCAUCGGCGAGCUUUCCUUCAGGUCCGAAGUUCGGUCCGUGAGGCUCAGGAGGGAUCGGAUUGUAGUCGUUCUUGAGCAGAAGAUCUUCGUUUACAAUUUCGUGGAUCUCAAGCUGUUGCAUCAGAUUGAGACUAUUGCGAACCCUAAGGGACUGUGUGGUGUCUCUCAGGGGGGUGGUUCGAUGGUUUUGGUGUGUCCUGGUUUGCAGAAAGGGCAGGUGAGGAUUGAGCAUUAUGGUUCUAAGAGGACUAAGUUUGUUAUGGCUCAUGAUUCGAGGAUUGCUUGCUUUGCGCUUACGCAAGAUGGGAGCUUGUUGGCUACGGCUAGCUCCAAGGGUACUCUUGUUCGGAUCUUUAAUACUGUUGAUGGCUCCUUGAGGCAAGAGGUUAGGAGGGGUGCAGAUAGAGCGGAGAUAUAUAGUCUGGCUUUCUCUUCAAAUGCUGAGUGGCUGGCUGUCUCAAGUGACAAAGGAACUGUCCAUGUCUUUGGCCUCAAAGUCAACUCAGGCUCUCAUGUGAAAGACACACCUCGUAUUGCUUCUGAUGUUACUCGACCUAGCUCCCCAUCCUCGUCUCUGUCCCUACUCAAAGGAGUCUUGCCUAAGUAUUUCAGCUCGGAAUGGUCGGUGGCUCAGUUCAGGUUGGUUGAAGGAACUCAGUACAUAGUCGCCUUUGGUCAUCAGAAGAACACUGUUGUUAUCCUUGGCAUGGAUGGGAGCUUCUACAGAUGCCAGUUUGAUCCGGUGAAUGGGGGAGAAAUGUCUCAGCUUGAGUAUCACAACUGUCUAAGACCACCUUCUGUUUUCUAG